AUGGGUGAAGGGCUUCCUGUGCGGUGGGAGGUCUCUGCUGAGAGCCUGGCCGCCCUCACCGGCGACGGGAACGAGGCGGGCUGCGAGGACUUCACCAUCGAGCCGACGUCAGGCACCAUCGCCCCCGGCGCCUCUUGCGACGUCCAGGUGACCUUCCACGCCCGCGAGGCCAAGGAGGUCGAGCAGACCCUUGCCAUUGAGGUGAUGGAUGCGGCGGCGGAGCUCGGCGCCGUGCAGAGGCACUCCGUUCACGUGUCGGCCGAGGCGUAUGCCAUCGACGUCGACAUUGCCUGGCCGGACGACCAGUUUGAAGGGCUCGACUUCGGAGCCUUCAAGGUGGCGGACAAGCAGGAGAGCGCCCUCGAGCUGGUCAACGGCGGGAAGUACGACGUCGGCUACAAGGUCAGCGCGCGGGUGCGCUUCUCGCGGUACGCGGUGGUGCCGCGAGGGAUCAACUUUGGGCCGCUGAUGUAUGGCGCGGAGAAGGAGCGCACACUCGAGCUCUCCAACACAGGCGAGUUCGAGUUUGCAUACUGCUUGCGUGCUAGCGGCGAGGAGCCGUCAGAGGACGACACGUCACGGGCUGAGCUCACCCUUGGUAGCUUCACCGUCUCCCCCGCAAGCGGAGUGGUCGCGGCGGGAGGCGUGGCGGUAAUCACAGCCAAGUUUGUGGCCGGCACGGAGGCGGAGUCUUGCGCCUCCGCGUUUGUCGUCGACGUGACGGACCGAAGCCCCGAGGAGGACCCGGAGGGGCUGCAGUACGAGCUGCUCGGCGAGUCGUGUGUCCCCGGCAUCGCAACGGACGACUACGCCAGCAUCUUUGAGGAGCAGGCCGUGCAGCGUCGCGGCGAUUUUGGCGCGUCCGGCCUCCCGCAAAACGUUGGGCACGAGCUGUCGGAGCGGCUCAAGAUCGUCAACCCCUUUCGCGUGUCGUGCACCGUCGACCUGCGGACCCGGGGGCAGGAGGCCGCGCAGGGGGCGCCUCUCGCAUUUGAGGUGGAGCCCAAGCGGUGCGUCAUCCCACCGCACGAGCACCGGUACGUCACGCUCUUCUUCAAUCCGCACGCGAUGGCGACGCACACCGGAGUGUUUGAGGCGGAGGUCGAGCACGGCACAGACCCCGCCACACGGCUCCUCGCGGUGGACCUCCUUGGCGAGGGGACCCUGCCGCACGUCGUCGCGAGCGUCCCAUCGUCCACGCCAGGAGAGGGACAGCCGCAGCUCCAGUUUGCUCGUGUGAUGGUUGGGCGCGCUAUUCGGCGGCAAGUGCGGCUGCACAACGCAGGCAUCCUGCCCGCUAGCUUUUCGCUGGCCAUGCAGUCGGACGGCCAGUUUCUGUGCGAAGCGGUCGAGGAGCCAAUGUCGCUUCCGCCCAAUGAGAUCCGGAUGGUGGAGGUCACCUUUCAACCCUCCGAGGCGGGCGACUUUAAGGGCGCACUCUCCCUCUCGGUGGUCGACAACGCGUUUGAUGCGACGCAGGUCCAGCUCAGCGGCGAGGCGUUCGUCCAGGACGUGGCGGUCGAAGGCUUGAUGAACGGCGACGCCGAGGGAGAUGCGCUCAACUAUUCGGACGUCGGGGUUGGCCUCGCCAAGUCCAUAAACUUCACGCUCCACAACUACUCGUCGACGCCGUACCGAUUCGAGUGGGAGAGCCUGCCGGGGCUGACCUUCGCACCGGGCGUGGGCCAUCUCCUCCCCGGCGCGGCCAAGCAGGUAGUGGCGACCUUCCUCUCCGCGGAGCCGCUCGAGCACGAUGCGGCCGAAGUUGCCCUCCAGCUGACCAAGGUCCGCUACACACAGGCUGAGACGCCCGCCGACUGGGACGACUCGAUGACGACGGCGCAGUGGCUCACGGACGCAGAGUACCGUCUCUGGCAGCGCGAUGAGGCCGUGGCGGCAAAGGCUGCGGCUGCGGUAAGGGCAGAGAACGAGCGUAUUCGAGCGUGGAACGCCGACCCGAAGAACCAGGGCAAGCCGGUGCCGCCGCCACCCGCGGCGGACGAGGACGGAGACGAGGCGGAGGUGGAGCCACCUGAAGGCGCGGACGGCGAGGCGGCGCAGCGCAGCGAGGAGGCUGCAAGUCCCGCGAAGCGACACCGGGUCGUCAAGGUGGACCCGGAGCCAGCGUAUGAGGCGCUCACGGAUGGCGAGGGCGAUGACAUGACGGCGCGGCCCAAGGUGUUUGCGACGGCGCGGUGCGCGCACGGAUGGCUGGAGAGCGAGACGAGCUCCGUCAACUUCAAGCCAACGAUGAUGUUUCAGACUCGCACCUUCUCCUUCCCGCUCGCCAACACGGGCCCCGUCGCGAUGGACUUUGCGUGGUCUGUCGCGGCUGCGGGGCCCGGCCACGGGAAGAAGUCGAUCUCGGUGGCGGUGGCUUUCAAGCCUGAGGAGGGCCAGCCCACGUCCGCCAAGGGCAAGCUCACCAUCUCGGCGACGGUGCCAGGGAGCGAGCCCUGCCAGUGGCUCUACUACUUGAGCGGGGAGUCGUCAUCUUAG